AUGUUGGAUGAAGAAGUCGUCAACACAAAGAAAGUUAAUGGUCUGCGGAUUCAGGAUAUGAACAAAUCCUUAGACAUCUCCAUGCCAGCCGUGUACGAGAGAGAUAUCAUUCCAGCCAGUCACAGCCAGGUACCAAGACCAGAAACAGUUAGAAAAAUACCUCACCUGAAAGACGUCGCUGAGAAGCUGUAUCCUUACCGAGAAGAUUGGGAGAUUGGUGUCCUCAUUGGGAUGAAUUGUCCAAAACUACUUAAGCCAAGAGACGUUGUUCCGGGGGAAGAUGACGAUCCAUACGCGAUAAGAACCGAUCUUGGAUGGGGAGUUAUUGGUAACUUCGCCGAUAACAUCAAGAGAGACGAGCCAGUCCACUUUGUGUACCGAACUAAAGCCAAGGAGAUAACACCAGCCGAGGUCAACCAGCUGUUCGAGGGAGAGUUUGCCAAGCAGAAGACAGGAUGCAAAAUGUCAGUUCAUGACCAGCGCUUUUUGGCUGUGGUGAAAGCAGGAAUACGUCAACGGGAGGAUUCCCACUUCGAGAUUACAUUACCAUUCAAAGAGGAUGAUGUCACCCUUCCGAACAAUAGAACCAUGGUUGACAAACGCCUCCGUCACCUACGUCACAAGCUAACAAGGGACCCCAAAUACAGACGAGAGUACACAGACUUCAUGAACGAUGUCAUCACCAAAGGUUUCGCAGAGAAGGUCCCCGACACGUCUGAGACUUGUACACAGGAUGAGAAGCUCAUAUGGUAUAUCCCACAUCACGGGGUAUACCAUCCUAAGAAAAACAAGUUCCGAGUUGUUUUCGAUGCAAGUGCGGAAUACGAAGGACACAGUCUGAACCAGCACCUACUGCAGGGCCCCGAUCUUAUGAACAGUCUCACCGGGAUUCUUACCAGAUUCAGAAAAGAGCCAGUAGCUGUGACCUGUGACAUAUCGGCCUGUUUCUAUCAAGUUUUCGUCCCUGACAACCAGCGGGAUUGUUUGAGGUUCCUAUGGUGGGAAGACGGGGAGCUCCACAAAGAACCAACUGAGUAUAGAAUGACCAGACACAUCUUCGGCGCCACAUCCUCACCAGCCUGCUCCAACUUUGCCUUGAACGAGACCGCAAACCGCUACAAAGGCCAGUUCGGUGAGGAGAUAGCUAACUUUUUACGUAAGGAUAUGUACGUCGACGAUGGGAUCACCAGCAAGAAGAAACCAAAGGAAGCCUCUCACCUCAUCGCAGGGUCACACGCCAUGGCCGCUUAA